GCCUUGUAGGAAGCUGAUAGAGGCUAAUGCUAACGCUAACGCGUCCGCAUGUUGACCAAUUUGACCAUUUCAUCCUCCUUUCAACUUUGGAAGUGAUUUAAAGCGACGGAAGACAACCGGAAGCGUCGGCGGACACUUUUGCGGUGCUCUAAACGCGACGAAACCAAAGUCCGUUGCGGAUGUUCAUCUUUUAAGUUUUGCCAGCCUCUCAGUGUCGGAACAUGAAGAGAGCGCAACACACCAACGCGGUGUUGGUGGCAAGCAACAACAACAACGGCAGCAGCAGCGAGGAGGAGGACGAGGAGGCCGAGUCCGGAAAGGAGGAGGAAAGUCGGCCAGGUUCUGACGAGGAGGAGGCCGAGUCCGGAAAGGAGGAGGAAAGUCGGCCAGGAUCUGACGAGGAGGAGGCCGAGUCCGGAAAGGAGGAGGAAAGUCGGCCAGGUUCUGAUUCUGAUUCUGAUUCUGAUGGGGGGGGUGCUGAAGACACACAGCAACAUGAGGAAGGUUCUGAUGACGAUGAAACCGAGGAAGAGGAAGAGGAGCCAGGGUCAGCGGCGUGGACGGGAGAUGACGUCAGAAAAGAGUUGUCCCACCUGCCGUUCGAGGACGUCCUGAAACUGCAGAGCCGCGUGGGCACCAAAGCGUACAAGCGGGUCGCUUACGGCGCCGCCGGCCGGCCGCCGAGCGCCGCCGCUCGCAAACGUCUCAACAAGAACAGGCCAACGGAGGUCUCGGCCAAGAAACCGGUCCCGUUCCUUCGCCAGGUGGUCGCCGUUAAGAAGGCGACGCAGAGAGACCCCCGCUUCGACGACCUGUCAGGGGAGUACAAGGCGGCCAUCUUUGAGAAAACCUACAAGUUCGUCCACGACAUCAGACAGCGUGAGACGCAGGAGCUCCGGCGGCAGCUGAAGAAAACCAAAGACAAAGACCGCAAAGAGAAGAUCGGCUUCCUCCUCAAGAGGAUGGCCAAUCAGGAGCGAGCGCGCCAGAGUCAAGAGCAGCAACGGGCGAGAGAGCUUCAGCACAAGCGGGAGCAGAGAGAACGAGCCAAUCGGGGAGCUCGGCCUUUCUUCCUCAAGAAAGGCGAGCAGAAGAAACUGCGUCUGGCGGCGAGAUUCUCGGAGCUGAAGGAGAGCGGCAAGCUGGACGCCUUCCUCAGCAAGAAGAGGAAGAGGAACGCCGGCAAGGAUCGCAGGAAGCUGCCGGGGCCGCCGCGGCGCGGGAAGCCCGCCGCGCAGUGACGUCGACGGACGCGAGGACGGCCUGCCGUGACAUCGGAGUCUGGACCAUUUUUCUUUUUGUGCUGCGUAAUUUAGUGCUACUUUACUUUUUUUUUUGGGGGGGG